AAAAGGCUGAAAUAAAUAAGAAAAAUAUCGAUAAUUAUUUGACUGAUUGGUAGAGUCAACGCGCGGCAAAUUGUCGACCAGAGCGCGCGCCCAGAAAGUCGCUGUUGGGCACGACUCGUUCACCCUCAUCCCAAGAAACACCCCCAGAAUCCAGAAUCCAGAGUUCAGCGUCCCGACCGCCACUGUCCAGCACCUCCAGACUCCUCCAACUCUAUUUCUCGCGGCUUUGCUGAGUCUGGCUCUCUGGUGCAUGGAGUAAGCCAACCACAUCGCACUUCUCUCCCUCCCGUCGACGGCCAGCGCGGAACCGGUUUAGCAGAAUCCCCUAUCUAAGGCGACUUGGCCUGACUUGACCUGCCUACUAUUUGGCCCUACCGUCCAUAGUACACACACAGUGCACACGACCAAGGCGGUCAUAGGUCCCUACCGGCGCGGCACUAGGUAUCUCAAAUGAGACUCUUCUCGAAGCCCGACAAAAAAUCCAAGAAGCCCAGCAGUGACGAAGACACCACCCAGCCUGCCCCGUCACCACGCUCCUCGCCCCGAAAAUCCACCACCUCUUCUCCUUCACGCCCACGGCCGAGAGACGAAAAUCAUAAUCAUCAGCCCGCGCAAGGGUCCCCGCGGAGCAGUCGCCGGUUUCCAAAACCCUCCUCUCGACACCUCGAUCCCAACACCCAUCCCCUGAACCUGCCUCCAGACCAGCUGCAGAAAAGACUCUCUGCCUUGUCUGCCUCGUCUGCCUCGUCCACCACCAUGCCCGACGCCAUGGAUGUUGAUUCUGAGGCUCAGAAUACCGUGCCCACGUCACCGCCCCAGACGAACAUGCCGGGCUCCUUCAGUACUCCCAAGACCAACAGUGCAAGUGCAAACGCCAAUGGCGAUGGACCGGUCCCUCCCCCGCACAGAUCAAAUCCUACGAGCCCCGCGUCCGAUGGUGUCCCUACGCCCGAGCAGGCUGAAGCUUUCAAGACCGCCGGGAACAAGUUUUACAAGGCCAAGGAGUACAAGAAGGCAAUUGAGGAAUAUACAAAAGCUGUUGAAGCACAGCCAUCCUCAGCAACAUACCUAAACAACCGUGCGGCUGCAUAUAUCUCGGCAGGUCAAUAUUUGAAUGCUUUGGAGGAUUGCACUCGGGCCGACGAGCUAGAACCCCAGAAUCCAAAGAUCCUGCUGCGAUUAGCACGUAUUUAUACCAGCUUAGGCCGGCCGCAAGAUGCUUUGGAUACCUAUGCACGCAUUCAACCGCCUCCAUCUGCAAAGGACGUCGCUCCAGCAAAGGCUAUGUUGCAGCAUAUCAAAGUCGCAGAGGAUUCCCUGAGAAAUGGGACCACUGGGUCUAUGGUGCUCCACGCACUCGAUCAGGCUGAAAAAUUGCUCGGUGCGGAUGCUUCAAAGCCGAGAGCUUGGCAAUUAAUGAGAGGAGAGGCGUACCUGAAGAUGGGCAAUGUCAAUGCGCUCGGGGACGCGCAGAACGUGGCAAUGUCUCUAUUGCGGCAUAAUAAUCAGGAUCCCGAGGCGCUGGUGUUGCGAGGAAGAGCUUUGUAUGCUCAAGGAGACAACGACAAAGCCGUUCAACACUUUCGUCAAGCUAUCAACUGCGACCCCGAUUACCGGGAUGCAGUGAAAUACUUACGAAUUGUUCAGAAGUUGGACCGAAUGAAGGCUGAGGGUAAUGCAGAGUAUAAAGCUGGACGUUGGCAAGCAGCGGUCGACAAGUACACCGAAGCUCUUGGCAUUGACCCCCAAAACAAGGGCACAAAUUCGAAGCUUCUACAAAACCGGGCCUUAUGUCUCAUUCAACUAAAGGACUACACCGGGGCUAUCAGCGACUGUGAACGUGCAAUUUCUCUCGACCCCUCUUACACCAAAGCAAAGAAGACCAAAGCGACCGCUCUGGGCAAAUCUGGGAAGUGGGAAGACGCAGUUCGCGAGCUCAAGGAAUUACAGGAGGCAGAUCCCCAAGAUGCCACCAUUGCCAAGGAGAUCCGAAAGGCAGAAUUGGAGUUGAAGAAGAGCAAGAGGAAGGAUUAUUACAAGAUCCUUGGCGUGGAGAAGGAUGCAGAUGAGAACCAGAUCAAGAAGGCAUACCGGAAAGCCGCUAUUAUCCACCACCCCGACAAGAACCCUGAUGACGCAGAUGCUGCGGAGAGGUUCAAGGACAUUGGGGAGGCUUAUGAGACUUUGAGCGAUCCUGAGAAACGUGCACGCUACGAUAGCGGUGAGGAUCUUAUUGAUCCGAUGGAAGGGUUCGGUGGAGGUGGCAUGGGAGGUGGGAUGCAGAUCGACCCCGAAAUCCUGAUGCAGAUGUUUGGUGCUCAAAUGGGUGGAAGACCUGGUGGCGGGGGCUUCCACAGCUUCGGGGGUGGAAUGCCUGGGGGUCGACAGCGAGGCGCCCCACAAGGAUUCCCCGGCGGGUUCCAAUUCUGACAUGGCGCUGAAAAUGACGAACCCUUUCCACAGUCCCACUCUGAGGAGAUCCCCAAUUCCUACGAACGGAACAUGGCGAGCGACGAGGUGUACACGAGGAGUCACAUUUCGGACCAGCAAAUGCUGUGGUUUCGCAAAGUGGGGAUGGGAUUCUUACUCGCUGCUAUCUUCGUUCCCUUUGAUCUUUUAGUAAUCGUGGCCGUCCUUGGGGCAGGAGUGUACAUUUGCAUCCGAGUUGUUCUGUCUCUGUGUCGGAGAAUGAAUGGCGCUCCAUAGAUUGGCGGGAU